AUGGUAUUUAAAUAUACAAAAUAUGAUAGAAAUACAUAUGGAACUACAAUACCAUCAGAAGUUAAAUCACUUGGAGAUAAAUGUUUUAAAGAAUGUUCAUUAUUAACAACAAUUAAUAUACCAUCAUCAAUUACUAAAAUAGGAAGUUAUUGUUUUAAAGGAUGUUCAUUAUUAACAACAAUUAAUAUACCAUCAUCAAUAAGUAAAAUAGGAAGUUAUUGUUUUUAUAAUUGUGAUUCAUUAACAACAAUUAAUAUACCAUCAUCAGUUAUAUCAAUAGGAGAUCUUUGUUUUAUUGGAUGUUCAUCAUUAACAUCAAUUAAUAUAGAUAAUCUACAAUAUAUUAGUAAAGAAAGAAUAUUUAUGAAUGAACCAGUGUUAAUUAGUAUUGAAAUACCAGACAAUCUACAAAUAAUUAAUGGAAAGAAUAUUUUCAAGAAAGAUAUCAAUGAAUUUAUUAUUCCUUCUUCAAUUACUAAAUUAGGAGAUGGUUGUUUUUCUAACUGUGAUUCAUUAACAACAAUUAAUAUACCUUCAUCAAUUAGUGAAAUAGGAAAUUAUUGUUUUUAUGGAUGUUAUUCAUUAAAAUCAAUUAAUAUACCAUCAUCAGUUAUAUCAAUAGGAGAUGAAUGUUUUUAUGAAUGUACAUCAUUAACAUCAAUUAAUAUACCAUCAUCAAUUAGUGAAUUUGGAUGGGAAUGUUUUUGUGAAUGUGGAUGUGAAGAGGAAUUAAAGAAAAAUAAAACAAUACCAAGAGAUUGUUUUAACAAAUGA